UCCAAGAAGUGGAACAGGAUACUCACGAGGGAAGACGGGAAACAUCGCCGUUUGUUCCUUCAGCAGGGAACAUGACGACGGAGGAGAAGUUCAACGCCGCCGUCAACGUGAUCAGGAAUCUUCCGAAGAAUGGAGCGUACCAGCCUAGCCAUGACAUUAUGCUGCGUUUCUAUUCGUACUACAAACAAGCGACUGAGGGGCCCUGUCAACAGUCGAAACCGGCAUUCUGGGAAGUGAUCAGAAAAGCAAAGUGGGAUGCGUGGACGCGUCUCGGUAACAUGAGCCGUACCGAAGCUAUGAACAAUUACGUGGAGGAACUGAAAAGAAUCGUCGAAACUAUGUCUUACACGGACAACGUGGCGACGUUCCUCGGCAGUCUGGACUCCUUUUACGAAAGCGUGCCGGUCGAGGAUUUGGAAUUACUCGUGGGACCAGUACUGGAGCGUAUACGCUCCCAACCAGGUUCGCCAUUGUCCGGUUCACCACUAGCAUCCAGGGAGACAUCACCGCACAGAGUUUGCAAUGCUUCUCGGCAUAUAACGAGUAGUUUGGAGACCAGCCCGACCAGCAGUCGUACCGCGAGCCCGCUUCCACAGGACACUGAUGGCGAAGAAGAGGAAUUUAUAGACACUGUUGAAUCCGCGCCGGAAAAAACGCAGAAAGACGCGCUUAAAUCCACUAGCGCUUCCCAAAAGAUACAAACCACGGAAAAUAACGGAAUCGAUCGCUCGAGUGCGGAGAAUGUUACACGAGAGAACACUGAAUUGACCAAUGGAUACAGUAACGCUAACGGUCACGUGGAAGCGAUACCUGAAAGCCACCGAGAGAGAGGUAGACCAAGAAUGAAGAAGGACGAUGGUAAAGACAAUGCGGAAUUUCUGAAUCAGAUCGCGACUACUAUGCAACAUCUGCAGAGAGAUCUCGACCGAAUAACGGCCAGAGUACGAGGCUUGGAGGGGAAAGCUUUGCAAGCGUUGGCGCCGCAAACAGAGCUGACCAUGAGGCGCCCGUAUGGCAGGUGGUGGCCGCUACAGGAAUGCUCGCCGCGUUUGUUCGUCCUGCUAAUUCUGUGGCCAUUCGUUGCGCACCUGUUGAUCAACUUUACGCGACGCUAUCGCCAACGGAGACUGUGAUGCCACUCGGCUGUUACUCGCAAACCAUUUCCAUUAGUACAGUUGUUAAUGCCAAGUUGGGAACGUGUAGAGAUGUUUUUAAUUUUAUAUUCCUUAUAUAGAAGCAGAGUUAUCCUAAUGCAAUCUGCGAUUACGCGCGUGUCCGUAAACGUAAAUUGUGAUAAAGUUGAAUAAGCCAAUUUCUGUAUAUUUUUACGUAUGCGGCCUGUCUUCGGAAGUCGCAUACUUUCUCUCGCUUCCUGAUUCUUCUUGAAUAAAGUCGGUUAAUUCAGGGCGAAAGUUUGUCCAAACAUCAAUUUUAUUGUGUUAGUUUUGUGUUGAGCAAAAAAAUUUAAAUUUUACUAUACCUUAAAAUAACAUCGACAAAUCCAUUUGCAAGUUUAAUUUUCUAUUUACACACCUCUGUAACACAGACAUAAAUCUGAAUAUUUUCCAUUGCGAGAAACGCAAAAGAGAACGUACAAAAUAGAAAGCUUUUUGCUUUUAACAUAUCAUAUAUUUAUAUAUAUAUUUAUAUAUAAAUUGAUAUUUUUUUAAUGAUAAAAAUAUACACAGACAUAAAUAUUUCAACACUUAUUAGUGCUUAAAAAAAUGCGUGAGUUUAUCGAUUCUUACUAGUCUAUGCUAUUUAUUGUGCUUCAAGUGAAACGUGUGCGACUUCCAGGACAAUCUGUAUAAAAAAAAUACAAAGCUGUAAUUGCAUAGUUUAUACCUAUAUGUAUGUAUAUAUAAGGUGGAUUGUAUGUAUUAUAAAUAAUUGUAUAUUCUUAAAUUGUAAUAUAUACGUACACGGAAAAAGCAAAUCUUUUGUAUACGUAAAUAUAUACGAUAAUUGUUAUAUGUACGCAUUUUAUAUGUAAGGCGAGUUUGUAAGAAAACGGGACUUUUAGUGCAUAUAUUACUGGCAUUGCAACAAAGGUAAUAUUACAAUAAAUGAUACUUUCUGUUCGAACG